UUUAGUGAAAUUUACUAAUUUUAAUAUAUAAUUUUAUUAAAUCAUAGUCCAUGCUGACAUAAUUUUUAAUUUGCUUUGAUAAUUUACAACAUAAGGUUGAAAACAAUGGAAAGUACUCAAGAAACUAAACUCUCACCUAGUUCAUCACAGGCAAAUAAUGAAAGUGAAAAUAAGUUCACCGUAACUAAAAGAAAUCUACGUGAUCAUAUAAAUGUCAGAAGUAAAUCAAACUUACAUGAAUCUAAAUAUAAAAGACAUUCAGGGGGGGCGAUCUUCCUAAUAGAGCAAACCAUAAAGAAUUCUCUGCACCAAAGCCAAAACCAAACUAAAAAUUUAUUCAAAUCAAAUUCUCUAUCUAGUUUAGUAAAUGAUAGAUUUGUUAAUACCAGCUCAAAAGCAAAAACUGUAUCUCAAAUAAAUAUAACCGAACCAGAAUGUAAUAAUACAAUGCUAAGAAGUAAUAAUGACAAAUCUAAUAACGAAACAGCCAUUAUAGAUAAUCCCACAAAUUCAAAUAAUAAAGAAAAUUCUGAGGAAUAUAAAGAAAAACCAUCCCCAAGUUCUAGUACAAACAAUUCUGGAAUAGUUUUAGCAAACAUAGAAGACUCAUAUAAUGAUAUUAAUGAUAAGCGUAGACUUUCAUCCCAGUCUAGUAGUUCUUGCAAUACAACAGUUGUUUCAGAAGUGACUUUAGGAACUAUUAAUUUUUGCGAUAUUAGUAAAAGAUUUAACAAAGAAGUGGAUUUGACUUGUUUAAGAGUUCCAAUUAUUGGAUAUGAAGUUAUGGAAGAAAGGGCUCGAUUUACAGUUUAUAAAUUGCGACUGAUGACUAAUAUACCAGGUGAAAGCUGGUUACUACUUCGUAGAUAUACUGACUUUGUGAGACUUCAUUGUCGAUUGAAGACUGAUUAUCCUGAUAUUUUGUUACAUUUGCCUAAGAAGAAGUGGUUUGGAGACAAUUUUCAUCCAAAGUUUCUUCAAGAUAGAGUUCAAGGGUUGCAAGAAUUUGUUAACAGCGUGCUUUCUCAUCAUAUUCUACUUGAAAGCGCUCCUGUUAAAGAUUUCUUUUGUCUGAAUGAUCCUCCUGUAUUCUCAGAAUGCUUAGAAGAUAGUAGAGCACUCUUUGAAGCCCAAGAAGAGACUAUUAUGAAUCUUCGAGCAGAAUUAGCUAAACGUGAUGCAAUGAUAGCCGAUUUGAAAAAUCGCUUAAGCAGAGAAUACUCAAAAAACGCACAGAAACAUGUAAUUCUGAAAAAUACCAAAGAAACCUGUGAAAAAUGUAAUAAAGAAAUUAAUAAUACAUUAAAACAAUUUGAAGAUGAAGUACAACAGUGCACAAUGUAUACUAGUACUCCUAUAAAAAACUGAUUCAGAAUUCUAUCUUGAAAUAACUACAAAUUCAUAUAAAAAUAUAUGAAAUAGCCUUAAAAAUAUAGUUUUAUAGAAGAAAUCUAUAAUAGUAUAUGUAUUUUAAGUUGUUAAUGAUUUUCAAUCA